AACAUUAAAUUAAAAUUAAAAAUUAAUUAAUUCUUAAUCAUAUCUUAAGCACAAACAACAAAAUCCUAUAUCACCUUCCCUGACGCCCUUUUCCUCCUUUGUUCCUCGUAUUACAAAAUGACAUUCAAUUAGGAGGAAACAAACUCAAGAUCAGAAGUACAGAAAAUGCAUACCCAUUUUCUUUUCUUCUUCUUGUUGAUCUUUUUCUACUGUUAUAUUGGUUUUUCUCUUGUUUUUGUUAAUGGAGACGAAACAAUACCAGUUCAUGAUGAAAUUUCAAUCUUACUAGAAUUAAGAUCUAGCCUUGCAGAUCCCAUGAAUAAUCUUAGAGAUUGGAGAAUGCCCAGAAAUGGAGUUCACGAUCAGAAGUUUGUUCAUUGUAACUGGACUGGUGUUGUAUGCAACUCUAGAGGUUUUGUGAAGAAGCUUGACCUCUCUAACAUGAAUCUCAAUGGCAGCAUAUCCGAUCAUAUUCAGGGGUUGCAGAGUCUUUCUUCUCUCAAUUUAUGCUGCAAUGAUUUUUCCUCUCCAUUGCCGAAAUUGCUGUCCAAUCUCACCUCGUUGCAGAGCAUUGAUUUGAGUCUGAACAACUUUGUUGGCAGCUUUCCAAUUGGUCUUGGGCAGGCAUCAGGACUGAUUUAUGUUAAUGCAUCAAGCAAUAACUUCUCAGGGUUUCUUCCUGAGGAUCUUGGCAAUGCAACAAUGCUGGAAAUCAUGGAUUUCCGAGGUAGUUUCUUUGAAGGGUCUAUUUCCAGCUCUUUCAAGAAUCUGCAGAAACUGAAGUUUCUUGGACUUUCAGGUAACAAUCUGACUGGGAAGUUACCAUCUGAGCUUGGGCAGCUUUCUUCUUUGGAAACAAUUAUACUUGGAUACAAUCAGUUCGAAGGUGAAAUCCCAGCAGAGUUUGGCAACCUCAGUAAUCUUCAGUAUCUGGAUUUAGCAGUUGGGAAUCUCACUGGUCAGAUUCCUUCUGAAUUGGGUAUGCUAAACAAGCUUACCACAGUUUAUUUGUACAAGAACAGUUUGACAGGAAAGAUUCCAGCAGACUUGUAAUGCUACAUCGCUGGUUUUCUUGAUCUGUCUGACAAUAAGAUUUCAGGGGAGAUCCCUGUAGAACUGGCAGAAUUGAAGAGCCUGCAGCUUCUGAAUUUGAUGUGCAAUGAACUGACUGGUCCAGUUCCCAGCAGACUUGGUGAGUUGACUAAUCUGGAGGUACUUGAGCUGUGGAAGAAUUCUUUGACAGGUCCAUUGCCAGUGAACCUGGGAAAGAACUCCCCUUUGCAAUGGUUAGAUGUAUCAUCAAACGCAUUGUCAGGUGAGAUUCCUCCUGGUUUGUGUGAUUCUGGGAAUCUUACAAAGCUCAUUCUCUUCAAUAAUACGUUCUCCGGUUCCAUCCCUAAAGGCCUCUCGUCUUGUAAGUCACUAAUCCGUGUUCGAAUUCAAAAUAAUAUUCUCUCCAGGGAAAUCCCAAUUGGUUUUGGCAAUCUCCCAAAACUCCAAAGGCUGGAAUUAGCAAACAAUAAUAUCACCGGUCAGAUUCCAGAUGAUAUAGGUUUGUCUAUAUCGCUUUCUUUCAUAGAUGUCUCGUCGAACCACCUGGAAUCAUCUCUGCCUUCUACAAUUUUCUCCAUCCCUAAUCUUCAAACCUUCAUUGCUUCCUACAACAACUUAGUAGGAAAAAUCCCAACCCAUUUUCAAGACAAUCCAUCACUUUCUAUGCUUGAUCUUUCGAGCAACAAAUUCUCUGGAGAAAUUCCGGACAGCAUUGUUUCGUGUGAGAAGUUAGUGAAUCUAAACCUUAGAAACAAUCAACUGGUAGGAGAAAUUCCAAAAGGAGUUGUAACGAUGCCAACAUUGGCUAUUCUUGAUCUGUCCAACAACUCGUUGACUGGCCAGAUACCCGAGAAUUUAGGAACUUCACCGGCCUUGGAAAUGCUCAACUUGUCAUUCAACAAGCUUGAGGGUCUAGUUCCCUCAAAUGGCUUGUUGGUCACCAUAAAUCCUAACAAUCUGAUAGGAAAUUCCGGUCUUUGCGGUGGCAUACUCCCACCAUGUUCUCAAAGAAUUGCAGCAGUAUCAGCCCAGCCGAAGAAAAUGCAUAUUAAUCAUGUCAUAACAGGGUUUAUCAUCGGAAUCCUGGUGAUACUAUCUCUUGGCAUUGCAUUUCUGGCUGGAAAAUUGCUGUACAGAAGAUGGUACCUGUAUAAUAGUUUCUUUCAAGAUUGGUUUAAGCAGAGCAGUAAAGAAUGGCCUUGGAGGCUAAUAGCAUUCCAGAGGGUUAGUUUCACAAGCAGUGAAAUACUAGCCUGCAUAAAAGAAUCAAACAUCAUUGGCAUGGGAGGAACUGGCAUUGUUUACAAGGCUGAAAUCAGUAGAUCUCAUGUUGUUGUAGCAGUUAAGAAGCUAUGGAGAUCAUCGCAAACUGACAUUGAAAAUGGGGAUGAUCUGCUCGGAGAGGUUAAUCUUCUGGGAAGACUCCGGCACAGAAACAUUGUCCGGCUGCUAGGAUAUUUGCACAAUGAGACAGACGUGAUGAUGGUAUACGAAUACAUGCCAAAUGGAAACCUGGGGACAGCACUGCACGGAAAACAAUCCGGAAAAUUGCUGGUAGACUGGGUGUCCAGAUACAACAUUGCAGUUGGUGUUGCACAAGGCCUGAAUUACCUUCAUAACGACUGUAAUCCUCCGGUUAUUCACCGCGAUAUAAAGUCUAACAACAUACUGCUUGAUGCAAAUCUUGAAGCAAGGAUUGCAGACUUUGGGUUGGCAAGAAUGAUGUUACACAAGAAUGAGACAGUUUCAAUGGUAGCUGGAUCUUAUGGAUAUAUUGCACCUGAGUACGGAUACACAUUGAAGGUCGAUGAAAAGAGUGAUAUCUACAGUUUCGGCGUUGUACUUCUAGAGCUCCUGACAGGAAAGAUGCCAGUAGAUCCUUCAUUUGGAGAAUCAAUAGAUAUUGUUGAAUGGAUUCGAAGAAGGGUUAGGAGCAACAGAGGCUUAGACGCAGCAUUAGAUCCAAGCAUUGCAGGCCAAUGCAAACAUGUCCAGGAAGAGAUGCUUCUUGUUCUUCGCAUCGCACUCCUCUGCACCGCAAAACUUCCAAAGGACAGGCCUUCGAUGAGGGACAUUAUCACAAUGCUUGGAGAAGCAAAACCUAGAAAGAAAAGCAUUUGCCAAAAUGCAGACAGAAUGUCAGCAAAGAGAGGCAGAUCUUUGGAGAUUCGCCAGUAAUAGGGCUUCUCUAGGACCUGCUUCUUCAGCAGCCG